ACGUCGCGACGCCACCACCUCGCAGCGGACACAGUGUCAGUUUUGGUUGGCGAGAGACGACGCGCCUACUCCGCGAACUCCCUUCCACAUGUAACUUGUCUCCCUUUCAAUUGUGCGUUAAUUUUUUGAGUGAAGUGUGAAUUUUUUGAACGGUCAGUGUGAUGCCCUUUGGUUGUUUGUUCGUAUCACGGCUGUUCGAUCGGAGGAUGUUGACAUUUUAAUUGAAGAUAAUUUAAAUAUAAGGGCAUGAGACUCGUACAUUCAGGUGACGAUGGGUGCGCCUCGUCGCGGAGGUGACGACAGCGCCGGAUGAGGAGACGACGGCCGAAUCCGGAGACGGAGCAGCAGCAGCAGCAGCAGAGGCAGCACGGCUAGCAGCGCGAGUCUCCCCGCCGCCCCAGCCGGCCAGCCGCCGUACAUGGUGGGCGACAGGGACGGCGACGGACCGGCCGUGCGCUGGGACGAUGGCGCCGCCCCGCCGCCUGUCGCUGAAGUCGCGGCGCCGGGCGACGCGCCCCGGGCCCUCCGCUACACCUCGCUGCCGCAAAUGUCGCCGCCCCCGCAACAGAUGCUUGGCAAUGCGCAGUCGCUGCAGUCGGCGCCGCAGCUGCAACCGCCACCGCCGCCGCUGCCUCUGCAACUGCAAAGACCUUACUCAAGGUCUAUGUCGUCUCUGCCCCCAGAGCCCUUCAUGAUAAUGCGCUCAAAAGCGCUGAAUCGGCGAGUAGUCAUCAACGUGGGCGGCGUUAAACAUGAAGUACUGUGGCGGACGCUGGACCGUCUCCCGCACACCAGGCUCGGACGGCUCCGCGACUGCAACACGCACGAAGCACUCAGCGAACUGUGCGACGAUUAUUCGCUCAUUGACAACGAGUACUUCUUCGAUCGCCAUCCGAAAUCCUUCAGUUCAAUUCUAAAUUUUUAUCGAACCGGCAAACUGCAUUUGGUGGACGAGAUGUGCGUACUGGCGUUCAGCGACGAUCUGGAGUACUGGGGUGUCGAUGAACUGUAUCUGGAAUCGUGCUGUCAACAUAAGUACCAUCAAAGAAAAGAACACGUACACGAAGAGAUGCGUAAAGAGGCGGAAUCUCUACGACAACGAGACGAAGAAGAAUUCGGCGACGAUAAGUGUUCACAAUAUCAAAAGUGGCUGUGGGACAUGUUAGAAAAACCGACAACAUCUAUUGCUGCGAGGGUGAUAGCCAUCGUAUCCAUCUUGUUUAUUGUGCUGUCUACUAUCGCACUUACACUCAACACCAUUCCAAGCAUGCAGGUCAACGACGAAAAGGGUAAUAUCCAGGAUAAUCCCCAGUUGGCCAUGGUGGAGGCCGUGUGCAUCACUUGGUUCUCGUUAGAAUACAUAUUGAGGUUUAGUGCGUCGCCCAACAAAUGGAAAUUUUUCAAGGGCGGUCUAAACAUAAUCGACUUAUUAGCCAUAUUGCCUUAUUUCGUUUCCCUCUUUCUUCUGGAGACCAACAAGAAUGCCACAGAUCAAUUCCAAGACGUGCGUCGUGUCGUGCAGGUGUUCCGAAUCAUGCGGAUCCUUCGUAUUCUCAAGUUGGCACGCCACUCGACCGGUCUCCAAUCGCUGGGGUUUACCCUGCGGAACUCCUACAAGGAAUUGGGUCUUCUUAUGCUGUUUCUUGCCAUGGGCGUCUUGAUAUUCUCCAGCCUCGCCUACUUCGCCGAGAAGGAGGAGCAGGGCACUAAGUUUAUCAGCAUUCCGGAGACGUUUUGGUGGGCUGGCAUUACUAUGACCACUGUCGGUUACGGUGAUAUUUAUCCAACUACACCACUAGGGAAAGUUAUAGGAAGUGUAUGUUGUAUUUGCGGUGUAUUGGUGAUCGCGUUGCCCAUUCCUAUCAUUGUUAAUAAUUUUGCCGAGUUUUAUAAAAAUCAAAUGAGGAGAGAAAAGGCUCUGAAAAGACGAGAAGCCCUGGAACGAGCGAAACGGGAGGGCAGCAUCGUCUCUUUCCACCACAUCAAUUUAAGGGACGCCUUCGCCAAAAGUAUGGAUCUCAUUGACGUCAUCGUAGAUACAGAUGACCUUGGACCUAUAGGACACAAUUUAUCGCACGCGGACGGCAACAGCACCGAAGGCGAGUCGGCCAGCGGCCGUAAUCCGGCCCAGACUGGCAUGGGCUGCUAUCGAAACUUUGAUCAUUUCCCGAAUCGGCCGAGGCGCAGUAACUCUUCCACUACACCUUGUCUUCCAACUGGCGAAGGGCCGCCGUUACCCAGUUCGCCCACGCAGCAACGCCGUCUCCUGGAACUGCCUUCCGAAGAACAGCCCGAACCGUAUCAGGAGAACGCCUCCAUGACCGCUCCUCUAGCUCAGGAUGAGACGCAGCUGAUACCCAGCACACCUAAGGGCUAUAUAUCUCCGUCGGCUGACAGCAAAAAAUCAGACCCAAUGAGGAGGACUGAAAAAUCAGAUGAAAUUCCCAUUCCUAGCGAAUUCGAAUGUUGCUUUUGUACUUCAAAGGAUUUCAAAGAGUUCAUUGACGCGGAAAACCUAAUGCCACUACCUACGAGUGAGUUUCGCAAUCCGGUCUGUCUGGAAAUGAGAACGAUGCGAGCGGCGGAUCAGCAGGCCUUCGCCCUGGCCAACUUCGCAAACUUUAUGGAGCUGAAUGUCCAGAACAAAGCGAACAACAACACCGCGGACCUGGCCAGCAUGGACAGUUCGGAUACUUUCGCCAGUUGCACCACACAUCCGUUCAAUUCGCAGGGAGAUUUGACAUCGGACAUAGCUGAUCCAUCUUGCGGAAUGGAUAGUAACUUGUAUGUGAAUCCCCUAGACAAGAGCAGCGACAACAGUCCAGUUACUCCGGCACCAGUACCUACGAAUACACGCACAAGCGGCGUGAAAAAGUCAGCAUCAGGAGAUACGGCACUCAGGAGUCUCACAACAUCGCCUAUGGAGGAAGGGUUUAGAGAUUUUGGUGUUUUAGAGAGGGGUAGUCGGGUUAGUCUCAAUGACUCACCUUUACCUAAACAUAGAAAAACAAGGUUUCAACAAGGGGGCCGACCACGCACAAGAUUUGGCGAUGCAUUCAACCGUGAUUCUCAAGAAAGUCUGGAUAAAAGAAAGAAGUCCUUUAUACCAACAAGAAGUUUGGCCUCUGCCACAAGAAUUAUCAAUCAACAUUUAUUUGGUUUGCAAAACGUGACCGGAUCUCGAUCAGGUAAAAAUACUGGUAGUAAAUCUUCCCUCUCCAUCGAAUCGAUUGACAGCCGCACCAGUCCCCAGCUCGAAUUGCACCGCCGCUCAAAAUCAAUUCUGAAGAAAUCGGACAGUAGCGGAAACAGGAACGCCGAUCCAGAGAGCGAGCGUCUCAUCUCCGACAACUCGUUGAGCUAUGACAUGGGCUCAGGGAACGAGUACUCACCUAACAAGCGGUUAUCGUCGCCGCCAAUGCGCCAACGCACCCUCAGCCAAAAAGCUCUAUCCAAAAAUUACCAACAGGAACUCGAAAGGACUAGGACAUUAAAGUCGCAAUUGUUUCUGUUAGACGAUAUCCUGAACAAAGAAAAGAACACAUGCAAAGAAAGCGCAGUACUCGAUUCCAAUAAAAUAAGACAGUGUAGUGAUAAUGUAAGUGAAGUGCCGCUUUAUAUCUGUCCACCACCUCCUCCGAUGGAUGAUCAUUCACCAACGGAGGAAACCAAAUUGCUUCUUCACUCGGCUGUGGCCGUUUCCUCGACCAGACAACCCAGCAAUUCAAUAUCCAAAGGACACAUUCCGUCCUCGUAGCAUUCAGAGAAAACUGACUCACCCUUUAGGAUAUAUAAUUUUAGAAAGAAUGAAUGGACACAUGAAUCAAUUCGACUAGAAGACCUUUUGAUAUGGAAGAUUAUUAAAAAACACGGUGUUAAAUAUGUUCAAAAUGAUCUAAAUAAUUAAAAAAAAAAAUGGUGCAUACGAAGUGCUUUGUUGUUGGAGAACAUUUUGCGUAGAGAUAAAAAUUUAAAUAAAGCAUUGUUAUUUUUGCCACAAAAUAUUCUAAAAAGUAAAUAUGUUAAAAAUAAACGUUAUAAAAAAAUCUUUAGUGCAAGUUUAUAUCGCGUAUCUGCAGAUGUCGCAAGAGAUUAUGGUGUUUCUCAUCGUCCUGAAAAACCAAUCAACUAUUCAACGUUCAACUUGGUCUGAGCCUGUAUCGAAAGUUAUGCGUGUGAACAAAUCAAAUUUUAAAAUAGCUUUUAAAUAAUCAAACACGAUGUACAUUUAAUUAAUCGGAACACUUUUCGAAUAAAAUUGGACUUGCAUAUGUUAAAGAUUGUGUUGGUGAUUUUUAUUAUACAAGGUAGUCAAUGAUUACAGCAAUACAAAAAUAGUUUUCCAAAGUUCAGAACAGUUUAAAUAUAUAUUUUUGUGUAAACAUUUAAAUAAAUCAAUAAUGUAUGUCAAAAUAUAUACAAACAUAUGUAUAUUCUCAUUUGUACUUAAAUAUAAAAUAUAAAUAUAAUAUAAUGCUCAUGAACUUGGAAAACUACGAAAAUGAAAAGAAAAUAAGGAAAUGAAUACAUUGGAUAUUUGACUGGCCAGCUUAUUUUUAUCUGUGAUUAAUUUUUUAAAAACAAGAAUUGUAAAUCAUAAUUCUGAUUGUGUUAACUGUUUUCUUUUCUAACUUUCAUGACUAUUAGAUAAACUAUUUCUAUGAUUUAGUAUGCCAAUAAAUUUUGAUUUGAUUGAAUAUAAUCAUCGAAAAUAAUUGCCUACCAUAGUCUUAUUAUGUUCAUUACAAAAAUAUAUUAAUGAUACUAUAGGAGCCAUAUUGGAAGUGUAAUGAUAAAAAUCAUAUUAGGGAUGUCCACCAAAUUAAAUUUGAUUAAAAGCCUUAUAACUAACUUAAGACAAUUAAUUAUACUUGUAUAACAAAUUCGUUUCAAUAACAUACUUAUUUUGUAAAAUUAGAUUAGAUUAUUGAAGACUAGAUUGGAAAUAUUGUCUCCAAUAAAAAUUACUACAUAAUAAAUAAAUUUUGAAACAAUAUCUGUAGUACAUAUCGCACUAAUCAAAAUUUUCUAAUUUAACAAAAAUAUUUAAACGCUUUUUAAAUUGGAUAUGAUUAUAAAAUGUACCACUUGGUAUUAAAAUUAUUGAGGGGUCCUUCCUAAUAGUCUUCAAUUUUCUUUCAUCAAUUCAACGUACAAUUAUUAUUUUAAUAAAAUAUAUAGACUAUUCAAACAAGUAGUGCUAGUUGGCAGUUGUAUUAGAUACUGUUCAGCAAUAAAAAAGUACUUGUAAUUGUAUUUGAAACGACAAUAUGUCAAAAUGCACUAAAAAUGGUACAAAAAUUAAUGUUAGUGUUAGCACACAAGAGUUAUGAUUAUUUGGAGUUUUAGUGGCUGUGGAGAAAAAUGUAAUCUGUAGAUUAUAAUGUUGCUCAAUAAAUGAAUACGAAUAUAUUUUUAAAUAAGUAAUAAUAAGAUUUGGUGGGCAUAUUUAAACAAAACAAAUGAAUAGUCAGAAUUUCGUUUAUGGCAUAAAGACAAUUUCCGAAUUUAAUAAAUAUGUACAUAAGUAUUAAAAGCACUUUUUGGAAAUAUUUAUAUUUUUACAAAUAUGGCAAGAUUGAUAUUUAUUAUUUUUAAUUUAUUAUAUUCAUCAACGAUGCGUAUCGGCCUAUUUAGUUUGUAGCAAUAAAAACAUGUAUUAAUUACCUUUUGUUUGAAAAUAUUUCAUACCAUACAUCAUAACCAUUGUCCAUAUUAUCUGUGUAAUAACAAAAAGUUGUCAAUUUUAGAAUAAAUUCUUUCAUAAGGUUUGUGAAUUGCUUUUAAUACUUAAUUAAUUUUUGUUAUUAAAGUUGUUAAAAGUUAAAUGACAUGAUAUUGUUAGGAGUUGCAUAUUGUAUAGAAAACUUCGGUGUGAUAGAAAUUCGUUGAUUGUACAAAAUGGCUUGCAUACUAGAUCUAUCUACCUUUUCAUUUUUAUUACUGUUGUGUAUGUAGUUAUUACUUAGUUAUUAGCUUUAAUUAGCAAACAUGGUAAUAAUAUAAUAAUAUAUUUAUAUAUAAUUCUGCAAAAUGUUUCUAAUUAAAUUAGUAUAAGUACGUACUAAAGAUUUUUAAGACUGAAAAAUUCUACAAUCAAAUUGCUUAAUAAAUAACUCUUCUACCAAAAUAUUCCUUGUAUCUAACAUAACAAUGUACAAUAGUGUCAAUUUUAAGAACAAACAAUUAAUUGAUGAAAUUGAUAUCCUGAAAUAAAACAUCAAUGGUAUUUUCUUGUUUAUUAAAUGAAUUAAAAAAUGUUCAGGAUUUCGAUUUGAUUUAUAAUUUCCUAUUAUUCAUUACCAUGUUUACUAGCUCUAAACUUUCACGAUUUCUUAGAUAUCUAUCGACUCAGGCAUAAUUCUGUUUAAAUGCAUUAUUUUCAUUCCUAGCUUUUAUUUAUUAUUUUGUUGAUAAAAAAUUAUAAAAAUUGUUAAAUCAUAUUGUACUAUUUAUUUUAACCAUCCUAAUCCUAUAUUGUUCAUCAUGUUCAUGUUUUAAUUUUCACAAUUUUAUGCUUAUAGACAAUCGCAAUUUAUUUUUAUGAUCACAUUUGCUGAAGAGCAAGACUGCACACUUUUAGAAAUUUGUAUAAAUAUCCUUGUUAACGGUUUAUAGGAUACAUUCAAUUCAUUUGUAUAUAUACCCACUGAUUAAUUUCGAAAGCAAAAUAUGAUCUAUAUUAUUAUAUCCUUACAUAGACAUAUCAUGUAAAUGUUUGUUAAAUUGAAUAAAAAUAAUUGUUCUCCAA